UAUAUGGUCGCUAAGAGUUAACAUUGUCUUAAUCUAAUCUAAUGAAUCACAAUAUGAAAUUUCUUAGCGGGAAUUCCAUCCCAUUCCAUGUACAGAGAAAUAUUGUUUUAAUUUUGUUAAAAGAAUAGUUGGCAGUUAGAUGACAUCUCAGUUCCAAGCAUGAGCUUUUUCCAAACAUUGACCUGUCUCUAAGCCCAAAGCCCACACAUACAAUUUCCGAAGGUAAGGAGAAGAGCCUGUUUGUUUUCUUUACAACAAUCCAGACCCUGACUAGAUGAUUUCUCUGAGCUAGCUCUUGGGACUCCCGGUUUCUGCAAAAGCCUUUUCCUUCUAUCCACAACAGCUGGAUAUGAGGGUUUUGGCAGUGCCUGUUGCCUAGCAACAAAAGUGUUGCUUUCGACUUCUUUGGCCUUUCUCUGCAUUCCUGCCCUGCCUCUGAGGCUCCAGCCAGCCGUGUCGUUUCUCAGUAUAACCGCGAUUGCCAGCAAUAAGCCAAAGCCAAGGAAAGUCGGGCAAAGCCCCUGUGUUUCGCUGCCCUUCCCAGCUGGGGCCGACUUAUGGCCGCCGCCUCUGGUUCGGUUCUCCUGCUGGGGGAUCCAUCUGCUUUUGCUGCCUCCCUCAAGACUCUCAUCAACAACCCCCAGUUCAGUGAUGUAACUUUUCUGGUUGGCAAAGAGAAGCAGAAAGUUUUUGCACAUCGCUGUCUACUCUCCACCCGCUGUCAAGUUCUACAUGCAAUGCUAAGCCAGCCCAAUGACACACAUGUUCCGCUGAUCUUGAAUCACAUGCAACCAGAAGUGUUCCUUACAGUCAUUGAGUACCUGUACACCAAUGGUGUCACUCUCAACAAUCUUACUGUCCUUGAGGUUUUGACUUCAUCCAUUGAGUAUGGGUUAAAUGACCUCAGAAAGCUAUGCGUUGAAUUCAUCAAAGACACACUAAACGUGAACCAAGCAUGUGAGGCCUUUCAGGCAGCAGUGGCAUAUGGACUACUAGAUUUGCAAAUAUAUUGCUUGGCCUUCAUUGAGAAUUAUACUCAGGAGGUGACACAAACACGUGGGUUCUUGGAACUUUCAGAACAGGCAAUGCAAAUUAUUUUGCAGAGUGACUGUUUGGCUAUUGACGAGAUGAAGCUGAUCCAUGCUGUACGAGAAUGGGCUCAUGUUGGGUCUGCUGUGCUUGAUAGGACUGUACAUGACAUGGCACAACCUGUGGUGCCACAGCUCCGUCUGGCUCUGCUGUCCCCAAGGGAACUGACCUCUCUGGAAGAACAGAACAAAAAAGACCAGAUGAUUCCGGUAGAGAGUUUUGCUGAGGCCUGGAAAACCCAUGCUCUGUGGAAGAGGCGUGGGAUGCAAUCCUCCUUGUGCCAGCGCCGGCAUGGCACAUUGCCUCGAGUCCAUCAUCGCUACCUUGACCCACAGCAUAAGUGACAUGGCCUUACUGAUUUACAGAAGAAGGCAGCAGAUGCAGGGGAGAAUAUUGCCCUCAAGCUCCAUGAAUGUGUUUAGCAAGUGCACCUGGCUCCUAUAGAUCAGGGGAGAAAUGGCUGCUCUUUGCUUGUGUUAAAUACACCUCCUCCUCCUCCUCCUCCACCACCACCACCACCACCACCACAAUCUUAAGCCACCAGGCAUACUUCCAUCCCCUCACUUUAUCUACCUAGAUGCUCUGCAAAGAGCAAAGGCUAGACUGAGAGAAAGACUUGCUUGCAAGAGCCAGCUACAAUUGACCUGAGACAGUUGGUUAUCCGAGACAAAGAUGGCAUCUUCUCCAAUCCAUAAUACAAAGAAACCAGAUGAAUUGAGCUCUUUUUCUGUGACAGUUGCUGCUGAAGCUCCACGGUUAAAGCUGGAGAAUAUUAAGUAAUAAUAACAAUAAAGAAUUAGGUGAAUGUUCCUCAUGUUGACCGCUGUGUAAUUUCUUAAACGUCUUCAUGGAAAUAUCUCUAAAAUGGUCAUCUUCGUGUGCUAGCUUCCGUUUCAUUUGAGGUUGCCUGCGUGA